UUCUUUGAUUUCCUCUCGUUUCGAGGUGGCGGAAAAUGCUACCAGUCGCAGUUGAACACAUUUCGUUGCAUGAGUAGAGGGGUGUUGUGUGAUGUGGUCUUGUGGGAGGUAGAAGGAGGUGAUGUGAUGUUGUGGACGAACGAUGAAAGACGGCUCUCUGUAGGUACACUCAACUUGUGUAUCACGUAUGCUUUUAAAGGAUGUUGCUAAGGAGAAAAAAUGGGCAAAGUUUGGGUAGCUACGAAUAACACGAAGUGAUGAAGCAUUACAAAAGUAGAAAAGAAAAACGUUACAAUGCUUCUUCGAAGCGAUAGAAGAGAUCGACGUUUGCGACGUUCGAGCAUGCGUUCAACGUCAGCUUCAGUUGCUCUAAUAUCACCAAAGCGAUUGAAGCCAACUCCGAAAAGCAUUAAGAGCCUGCAAAUAACUCACAACAAUAAUGCCGCUAGCAAUAAAACAACUGCUGUGGCUUCAUCGACCACCAGCAGCAACAGCAAUAGCAGCGUCACCAACAACAGCCCUAGUAUAACAAAUUCUAAGUGCAAUAAAAAUCUAUCGCCGAUUGUUAAACGUUUAAAUACAACAGCAGUGAAUAGUCUAAGUGCUGUUUUAACAAGACCACGUUCUAUCGGAACCAGAACAAAGUCUUUGUCCGUAACGCAACAGCAACAGAAAAUACUGGCCGGCAGCAGUAAGCGAAGGCGAAAAUCAACUGAGAAAGAGAAUCGAUGGCAUAAGAAAGAAGCAAUUCGUUUGGCUCUUUACGAGAAUAGUGGAGCGGGAGUGGGAGUAUGUACACGGAAAAAACUGAUUGCUUCAAAAAAUGCAGUUGCAGAGAAUAAUGUGUCUUUGCCACCGAACUUUGCUAAACUCCCAAUUCUGAAGGCCAAAGCGGAUGAUAAGGAAGAGCCGGACAGUUGCAGUGUAUCGACGACAUCAUCGAUUAUAGGAAGUACUGUUGAAUGUAUCAAAACUGUCUUCACGACCGAGCCUGCAGAACCUUCCGAGUGUCCUUUGGAGGAGCCGGUAUCGACGUCGCAAGAGCUCUCUCAACCAAAAUCAUCUGUUGUCCUGCCAGAUGAAAGCAAUUUAACAAGCAUCACCGAAUGUGACAGCACUACCGACUACGAGCAACUGCCUUCAAUUUCGGCUGGCCGAGGGGUGCUGGAUAUGAUUUCCACUGAAGUGGAUUCCACCACGGAGGACCUAUUGUGUUGCGUUUCUUCAGAAAAUGCCACCGAUGCGGCGUUGUCGUCGUUCUGUGGUCUUUCUAGCUCUGCGUUCUUGGAUUUUCGAUCACCGACAUCAACAGUCACAACAUCAUGCAAUAGUCAGCAGCAGCAGUCGCCGAUUUUCCUUGCUCCUGCCUCCACCUCGACUGCGACCUUCGAACAGAAUUACUUUUCUCCAUCGUCACAAUUCUUCAGCACAAGUAGCACCGCCACAUCAUCUAAUUUUGGUUUCUACAAUUUUCCGCGAAGUUCCCAGGACCUUAUAUCGAUUUCCAUGUUCGAUGAACCUGAACCCGAGAAGACAUUACCCUCGUCUUCAGAGUCUUAUCAGCAGAACUACACCACAUCUUAUAACUCGGUGUUUUCGUCGAACUCAUCGCCCUCAACAUCUUCUGCGGCGGCAGCAGCGGCUACCCUGAUGGCCAGUGUAACCAUGAGCAACUCAGACUACUCUCACAUUGCUGAUUUAUUACCCUACAAUCCGAUAUUGGCGCACACGUUGUUGAAUUGCACGGAGAGUGGACACUUUUCGGAUACCUCGUGCACAGGAUACGAACAAGAUUCAUCGUCAUCCCAGUCGUCGUCCUACUAUCAACAUCAAACGGCUAUCGAUAAUCUUAAAGCGUUAACUAAUCUUCCCUCUAGUCCGACGUCGAUAUUUUCUUCCAUAAAUCUUCCGAACAAGGACACAAUAGGUGAGGUUGGUCUUGGUGCUAGUAACAGUUCCUCCUCUUCAUCAUCAUCGUCCACGUCGUCGGAGUGCAAUGCCGCCUACGGUGGAAAUACGAUUGAAGUGGACACUCUGAUACACAACGUGGCGUCAUAUCAAUCAUAUCAGCAGGAUAUUCAUGGAACAACUGCUGCUAUGACCAAUUUGAUGUACACAGCCGCUCUGGAGGGAUGCACAACGCCGAUUUCGCUGGCCCAUGUUGCCGCUUUAGAGGAGGAAUGUCCUGAGGUGGAAGAAAUUCCCGAUACCCGUCAAGAGGAGAUGCAAUGGGACACUUUCGAUCCGUACGUGUUUAUCAAACAUUUACCUCCCCUAACACCGGAAAUGCGAGCAAAGUGCCCGGCGCUGCCACUUAGAACUCGAUCAAGUCCCGAAUUCAGUCUGGUGCUGGAUUUAGAUGAAACGCUGGUACACUGCAGUUUGCAAGAGUUGUCCGAUGCUAGUUUCAAGUUUCCCGUUCUCUUUCAAGAUUGUAAAUAUACAGUAUUUGUUAGGACACGUCCGCAUUUUCGUGAGUUCCUCGAAAGAGUUUCGCAGAUAUUUGAAGUCAUUCUGUUUACCGCAUCAAAACGGGUAUAUGCUGAUAAACUUUUAAAUUUACUCGAUCCAGAAAGGAAGUGGAUAAAAUAUCGAUUGUUUCGUGAACAUUGUGUAUUCGUAAAUGGUAACUACAUAAAAGAUCUAACCAUACUUGGGCGAGAUUUGUCCAAGACGAUUAUUAUAGACAAUUCCCCUCAGGCAUUUGGAUAUCAAUUGGAAAACGGUAUACCGAUAGAAAGUUGGUUUAUGGAUCAAAACGAUUCUGAACUCUUGAAAGUCUUACCAUUUUUGGAGAGAUUAGCUGAAAUGCGUGAAGAUGUUCGGCCACAUAUUCGAGAGAAAUACCGAUUAUUUUCCUACUUGCCGCCUGAUUAGGAUUAUAGCAGCAUGAGCGUCAUAAAUAUUAGUUAAUUUAAUCUAGUAAUACGUUUCACAUAAUUAAUUAGUAAAUCUUACAUAAAAUCAAAACAAACAAAAUUAAUACUUAUAAUAUUAGAGUUAGAGUUGAUAUAAACAAAAACAAAACAAAAAACGUUAACAAGAACAAAUAAUAUUAGUUGAACACGCUAAACAGAAAAUAUUGAGUAAUUUGUACAUGGAUUUGAAAUCCUUAUUCGUAUAGGAAAGUUGUAUUUAAUUAAGAAAAAAAAAACAAAAAAAUAGGUAAAAAGUGUGCUUAACAUACGGAAUUUGUACAGGAAUAAAGUUUUAUUAUGUCUACACUUAACAAAAGAUAAAAAAGAGAAACA